AGUGCUUCUACUUAUUGUUGCGGGGAUCAGCAACAGAGAUGCUUCGAAUAUGGCAACUCUGCAAAGUCUCUCCGCAGAGGUGAUUUUGCGGAUAUUGGGCCAGGCAAAGGAUGCUAAGGAUAUCGUAAGAUUUCGACAGGUGAAUAAGCGGAUGUACAGUUUAGGUCAUGAUUCACUCUUGUGGAAGGAACUGUUUAUAGAUACCUUUUUGACAAAUCCAAGCAGUAAGGAAGAGGAGGAAGGAAUACGGCCUUCAAAGCGUGCUCGUAAGACGAGUCAUGAUGAAGAGGACAUUCAAACAUUACCCGCUCGUGCAUUGACGUCUUUGCCUUCCAUAGAAGAUGACAAUGAUAGAAGGACAGACUGGCAUGCGCUAUAUCGUAUUUCAUGGAACUGGAAAAAGGGCUCAUUUAACAUUCAACAAUUGAAUGCAGCAAUGCAAAUGGCUCAGAAGUCCAAUCAAUCCGACACUGCAAAGUCUAAGCUUGACCUGCCGAAUACAAUCAUUGAAUCUACCGAAAAGUAUAUAUUCACUGCGGUGCGGGAACCCACGUCCUCAGCUUAUCCUGAAGUCUCAGUGUUUCCCGCUCAAUCGCUGAAAAGGCAAAGGGAAACCAAUGUCGAAGAAGUUCUUCAAGUAGCAACAUAUUCCUCAUCGAGUCUAUCCAUUCAGGAUAAUGCAAGCGUGUCUGCUAUUGCCAUAGACCGGGAAAAUGCCGAUACAGAUCGGAUCAGACUCAUUACAGGUUACACAAAUGGGCUAUUGAGUAUGUCAACAUUCUGUCCAUCUACCAAAGUCUUUCAUGAGCUUACAUCCUAUCGACAGACGCAACAUCCAGCUAUCGUCACUGCAGCAUUUGCUUGGCCAUUCGUUGCGACUUGCACUAUCGACUUCCGCAUACGGAUCUAUCGCAUGAAUGAAGAAGAUUCUACAACCACUUUCAGACUCCUUGCAGAGAGACGGAGUUACUCAUGUCAUUGGCCAGCCUGCCUUCGGCUAGAGCGAGCAAAGCAGACCGAAAACACUUUUCGUUUGAGUAUCGUAUACUCCAAUCCGAUAUAUCCCUCAGGCUGGUCGAUAGGUUUACAAGAGCUAUAUUUGGACAACAUCGGAGUAAUUGACAGUCGAUCAGCUUCUGCGAAGCGUUCUCAUGUGGUCACAAAGAUUGAUGCUCCUAGCAAAGCACUUUAUACAAAGAACAGCUCGACCCGAACAACUUCUAUCGACCAGGUAGGAAGAUUGACUAGUCUUUCAUACGAGGAGCCUUUUGUGGUCGUUGGAAGUCGAGAUAAUGGAGUUUUCUGCUUUCGUGUAGAUGAGUUGAAGGAUGAUCCUAACUAUGGCUCAAAAGCACUUUCUAUUCGCUACCUCAGAACCUUGCACGGACAUACGGGAAGUGUUCAUAGCGUAAGCUUGAACGGAGGUCGAUGUGUAACAGGCGGGAGCGAUGGUAAAGUACAAGUGUGGUAUCUGGGUGACGAAGAAGUAUCGAUCGCCCGUGCAACAGGUGUAAUUUCGAUGUUGAAAGGUCGCAUACGAAGUAAUCUUGGUAAGGUUACCAGUUUGCGUUUAUCGGAUGCAAGAUCUGAAAGAAAACGUGGUCAGAAGCGUAAACUGUCGGAUGCCACGAAUAGUGAAGACAGUAGCAGCAACUCGAAGCCGCUCACUCUUGCUGAUAUCAGGCAGCAUCAUAUUCUUCCCUUAACCAAGUCACCCUUUACCUCACAGCCAAUGCAUGUGAUUCGAUGGGUGACAAGCGCUUUUGAUCGCAUUAUCAGUGUAACAUCGAAUGAACGAUACAGACAGGAAGAUGGGGAACAUUCAGCCAUUUUACCAUCUUCUUGCAGGGCAGAAGCGCAAAAUGAGAAGCAGAAUGGAGAGGAGAGUGUUCAAAUUUGGAACUUUGCUGCUUGACUUAUGUAUUAUAGACAUAGAUUGUUUGUAUAUUACUUAUCACCUUUGGCUAAGGUUGUAACAAUUCAGUUACACAUGUGCUUACAACGAAUUUUAGCUUCAUUCCCACGCCGC